UAUACAACCAUGACUCUUGAAUCAAUUCCUCCUCCUGGUUAUUCAUCAACAUCAACUCCAGCAAAAUUCAACAAGGACCCACCUCAUGAAGAUACUGUUGCUUCACCUACAUUAAACAAAGUUGUAACAGUCACCAAUUGCUUUUUCUAUCUAUCGUUGAUAGAACGUUUUUGGCGCAAUAUGGAUAGAAUGACACUCGAUCAACAACGUUUUUACUUGGCUCGCGCUGAAUUUAGAUACGAAUUAUGGGUUCGUUAUUCAAGCGGCAAACAUGCGAUGCCUACUCCACCUUUAGAUAUUGCAUAUGUAUGGCAUGCUCACUUGUUAUCACCAUUCCGUUACUAUGAAGAUCUAGUUCUUCGUCUUCCAUUCGGCAAAAAGACGUUUGAAACUCACUUACCACUGAGGUCUUUGCAUUAUGGUCACGGCUCGGAAGAAUCACUCAAGCUAUGGAACUCCAUAUUUGGAUCAACAGGCGAACCGUAUCAUCUGAAUAUCGAUAACAUGUACGAAGGUUUCUUCCAUCGCAAUUGUUUGAAAUGUAAUAAUGAAAUUAAAAUUCCUUGGACCAUGUAUGUAGAUUAUCGCUAUGGAAAAAACACGACACCUUUUGAUCAUCCAUGUGGAGUGAACGGACAAAUCAAUUUCUUGGAUGUGGCGCGAAUCAAGUUGGAAUAUGACCUAACAUUCAAAAAAAAUAAAGGAUCAACCGUUGCAGGAACUCUUCUUGGACCAAAUGGGAAACUAAAGAAAAAACCAAACAAGAUGGUACCAUUGAUUCAACCCAUUCAAUAUAUCGAUCCUCAACAAGAAUUGGAUUACUCUUAUGAACUUCAAAUCGAAGAUAAGCUUAAAACUCUUGGAAUGAAAUAUGAACACGAUGCAAAUGAACUACUAUAUGCCAUCCGAACAUGUUAUCAAAGUAACCCAUCACCAUUCUCAAUCGAUCUGAUUCAUGCUGUAGCUCGUCAACGCAAAUUCUAUGAUAGUGCCAUGGCAAUUGAUUGGGCUCCACCUAAAGGCUUUAUUUCAGGCAUCCGCCGGUACCAUGACUUUAUGCUAUUGAUGAAAGACAACCCUACAUUGAUUGCUGUGCCUACUAUGGAAAUUGAUUGUGCUUGGCAUCUGCAUAUGCUCCAUGCUUCUUCCUAUCGACAAUUUACUCUCAAGUAUUUAAAACGUGUCAUUAAUCAUGAUGAUACAAUCCCUGAACCAAGUUUGAAGAAAUUUGCAAGUGAUACCAACAAGGCAUGGCUCAGAUUCCCAGUCACUUACAUGAUUACGAAACUUCAACAUGUGAAAGAAACAGAUACUUAUCAAGCGAAAUUGACUAUUCAUAGAGUAGGAUUUGGCUUGGAAUUCUAUCCUGGAACAAUUCAAGUAGAGGAACGUGAUCGAAAAAAAAUAGCUACUUUGAUGAACGAAGAGCUUAGCAAGGAAGGAGGUAGCAAAUCUGUCAGUAUCAGUGCACAUUGUCAUGAUGUCGCCAAGUCAUUCUAUAGUGAUGACAGUAAUAUUGAUCGAUUGAAAGAUAUGCAAGAUUUUAUUGCAGAAGGCAUGAAGAAGACAUCCUAUGGAUAUAUUGGAACGGUUAGUUGUGGAACAGGUGGAAAAGGUGCCAUCUACUCAAGUGAUGAUCGGAACUACAGUGGAGCCAAGAUCACCAGUUAUAAGGACAAAUGGUACAAGUUAGGCGAUGGCAAUUCAAAACUUCAAAAUCAAUAUCGAGAUCUAGAUGGAUCAAAAUGUACAAGCGAGCGUUUCAGGGACGUUGCCGCUCCAGCCUACUCGCUACAACGUAGAAGAUCUCGUGAUGAUCUGGAUAUUUAUACUGGUGUCGCUGCUGGCAUGUUUAUCUCCUACCCAAUCGUUAUGUUUGGCUCUUAUGGCGCUGGCGCUUGUGGUGGUGGUGGUGCUUUUGGUGGCUGCGGUAAUGGUGCUGCUUGUGGUGGUACUGGCGGAUGCGGCGGUGGUGGUGGAUGUGGUGGUGGAGGAUGUGGUGGUGGAGGCGGAGGAUGUGGUGGUGGUGGAGGUUGCUAGUUUACCAAUUGCCACCAAGAAUCAACGGAUUGCCAUAUCUGAUUAUCCGAUCAUACAUAUUCAUUUGUAUCAAAAUAUCUAGUCUGGUAUCUAUAGUUUAAUACAAUCUGUAUUUAUAUAUUUUAUAUCUAUCAUUACUGCUACCUAAUAAUAAAUAUUUAUGUUU